AUGUAUUGGAAAACGACGGGAUUGGGUUCCGCUCACAAAAAGAAUUCAACGAGUCGCCAACCGGGUCACGCAUGCCGUUUUGAGAACAAAGAAGAAUUGAAUCAACUGGACAGUACCAGUUCCCGUGGUGCUCGCGCAGGACAGGGAUGCUAUCCAUCUCAGCCGCCCAUCGCAAUGUCAGUGGCUUACAAGAUUCGUUAUGCCCGUCAUGCUCUGUCGCUGUCGAACGCGAAGGACAACUCGGGAGUCGAUCUCUUCGAUCCGCCCCUAACGACAAGAGAGGACGAGGAGAGCAUGUCUCUGAUCGGGAAGCUUGAUGAUGGGAAGCGCGGGGGAGGCGAGGACUACGCGCUGGGGGAUAUGCGUAGAAAGUUCGAAAACUUUGCCUCUCUCCGUAAUCAGAGCAAGGUCUUCGUCGUCUCUCCUCUGACCAGGGUCGUGCAGACAUUCCUUCUCGCUGUACCCGACAGCACGCUGAAGGGUGCCAGAAUCGUCGUCGAGCCUUUGCUGGUAGAGCAGACGCGUUGGUUCUCAGAUAGGUCCAGUUCCGUAAGGGAAAUCCAAGCCAUCAUGCGCGGCGCUCUCGAAAGGAAGAACCGAGGACAGGAAGAGCCUCUCGUGAUUGGGGACCUGAACAUCGAUUGGUCCAAGAUGCUCCAGCCAAGGGAUGAGCAAGGCGAGUUCUGCGGCUCCCAAGAGACGAUGGACCAGGAAUCUACAGAUAAGGGAUGGCACUUGAAGAACAAUUUUUGGGCUCCUAGUCACCUGAUUGAUCGAGGUCUACGAGCUACCAGGGAAGUCAUCCAGAUAUGCCGCGAAGUGAAGAGAGAAGCUGGCAAUUACGAUGAUUACGCGGUCUGCGUGUUCGGACAUGGUGGUUUCGUCAACUACAUGGUCGAAGAAGUCGGUGCAGUUGACUUAACGGUGGAGCCAAAGAAGUUAUCAGCCUGGUCCGUUGGCGAGAUUAGGGACUACGAAAUCGAAGACAUCGUUCCUUUGGCGGCUCCUCAAGGGAAGUUAUUCACACAGCCUUCAAGGAGAAAACUAUAUGACCUGACCAUAGAGGCCAAGGCCCGCGCGGGGUUGAUGGAGGCUAUCGUAGAGAAAGACACAAGGGACCAAUAUGGUGAACAACACAAGUCGGUGGCGAGCUUAUACAAAGCAACAGAUAUCACAGGCAAAAACCCCAACCCAAACAUGGAGGACGACUCCGGAAACAAGCUGGGCGAGCUCAGUGUUGUAGAGUACCGCGAGCAACUCAAAAUCGAGUCAGAGAAGAAGCGUAAAGGCCUUUAA